CAGAGCCGCCCCCCCCCCCAAGAGGUGCGACCCUGUCGGGGAGAAGAGUGCGCGUUGUCCUCCGCCGUCCUACCUGCAGCUGGCGAAGAUCCAGUCCGUCUGGGCCACUUCACAUCCGCACCAUGGCGUCAACAGCGUUAAGAUCAGUGCUCAGGACUAAGGUCCCACUUAAAGUCGGCCGCAUGUGCUACUCCUCCUCCUCCUCCUCCUCCUCCUCAGUGCCGAACAUCAAGCUGUUCAUCGAUGGGAAGUUUGUGGAAUCCAAGACCUCGGAAUGGCUGGAUAUUCAUAAUCCUGCUACCAACGAGGUGAUCGCCCGCGUACCCAAAGCCACGCAGGAGGAGAUGUUGGCUGCCGUGGACUCGUGCUCCAGAGCAUUCCUCUCCUGGUCUGAGACCUCCAUCUUGGCUCGGCAGCAGGUCUUUCUCCGCUAUCAGCAGCUUAUCAAGGACAACAUUAAAGAACUCGCCAAGUCCAUCACGGUGGAACAGGGAAAGACCCUUGCAGAUGCAGAGGGGGAUGUGUUCAGAGGAUUGCAGGUUGUGGAGCAUGCCUGCAGCAUCACCUCCCUGAUGCUCGGGGAAACCCUGCCCUCCAUCACCAAGGACAUGGACACCUACACCUACCGCCUGCCCAUCGGGGUGUGUGCGGGCAUCACCCCCUUCAACUUCCCGGCCAUGAUCCCCCUGUGGAUGUUCCCCAUGGGCAUGGUGAGUGGCAACACGUACCUGCUGAAGCCCUCGGAGCGAGUGCCAAGCUGCGCCAUGCUGCUCGUCAAGAUGAUGCAGGACGCUGGCGCUCCGGACGGGACGCUCAACGUGAUCCACGGCCAACACGCCGCCGUGAAUUUCAUCUGUGACCAUCCUGCCAUCAAGGCGAUCAGCUUUGUCGGCUCAAAUCAAGCUGGGGAGUAUAUUUACGAGAGGGGCUCUAAAAAUGGCAAGAGGGUCCAGUCCAACAUGGGCGCCAAGAACCAUGGUGUGGUGAUGCCUGAUGCCAACAAGGAGAACACUCUGAACCAGCUUGUGGGCGCAGCGUUCGGGGCAGCGGGACAGCGCUGCAUGGCUCUGUCCACAGCCAUCCUGGUGGGCGAAGCACGGGCCUGGCUGCCGGAGCUGGUGGAGCGUGCCAAGGCUCUGCGCGUGAAUGCAGGAGACCAGCCCGGUGCAGAUGUGGGGCCUCUGAUCUCUCCCCAGGCCAAGGAGAGAGUCUGCAGUUUGGUCCAGAGUGGCGUGGACGAGGGCGCGAAGCUGCUCCUGGACGGCCGCGGCGUCAAGGUUAAGGGUUACGAGAACGGCAACUUUGUGGGUCCCACCAUCAUCGGCAAUGUCACACCGGCGAUGAAGUGCUACACCGAGGAGAUCUUCGGGCCCGUGUUGGUCGUUCUCGAGGCAGAAACCCUGGAUGACGCCAUCGGUUUAGUCAACGGGAACCCCUAUGGCAACGGCACGGCCAUCUUCACCACAAACGGUGCCACGGCACGUAAAUACACUCACGAGGUGGACGUGGGCCAGGUCGGCGUCAAUGUUCCCAUCCCCGUUCCUCUGCCAAUGUUCUCCUUUACCGGCUCAAGAGGAUCCUUCAGAGGGGACAUGAACUUCUAUGGAAAACAAGGCAUCCAGUUCUACACACAGAUCAAAACUGUGACCUCGCAAUGGAAAGCUGAAGACGCCACAUCGAAAAGUCCUGCGGUUACCAUGCCAACUAUGGGACGCUAAAUACUCCAUCCAAGUGCCGGAACAGUUUAAUAACCCUUCGUCCACACACAGAUCAGAUUUGUUAUUAUUAUUAUUCAAUGUGAAUAGUUCAUAAACACAAAAUACUCACAACUUUGAUAGAGUUUAUAUUAGAUGUGUAAAUUUCGAUAUUCUGUAUAUGUAAAACACAGUGGCCAAGAUUUUAACAAUGCAAAACGAUCUGUACAGAUGUUUGAAUGGAUCCAUGUCAUUUCCUAAAAUACAACGAUGCCAUGGUUGUCAUAGA